AUGGAGCAGCCCCGGUACCGGGACCCGGCCGGGAGCGGGCCCGGGGGAGGCUCCGGCACCUCCUGGAACGGGACCUGCGGCCACCCCCGGGCUGCCCCCGCCGGCAGCGGCACCGGCACGGCGGGCGACGAGGAGGAGGAGAGCGGCGAGCGCGAACCGAGCGUCCCCAGCACCGGGAGUGUCCCCAAAACCGGGAGUGUCCCCAGCACCGGGAGUGUCCCCAGAACCGGGAGUGUCCCCAGCCCUGGCAGUGUCCCCAGCCCCCCGAGUGUCCCCAGAACCGGGAGUGUCCCCAAGCCCGGGAGUGUCCCCAGCACCGGGAAUGUCCCCAAGCCCGGGAGUGUCCCCAAGCCCGGGAGUGUCCCCGGUCCCGGGAGUGUCCCCAGCCCCCCGAGUGUCCCCAUCCCCGGUGGUCGCUGCGGCUGCCGGGGCCCCCCGGCCGCUCCCCCGAGCCCCUCCCGGGACAUCCCGUGCGGCCUCGGCUGCCGCCACCGGGGACCCUCGGAGAACAACGGCGACCCCCGGAGAACGCGACGGCGACCGCGACAACGCCCCGAGGAGCACGACCGGGAACCGGGGGACAGCGGGAGGGGACACCGGGGGUCCCUAGGGGUGGCCCGGGCGGGGGUCGCGCUGUGCCUGCGGCUGCUCGGGGCUCUCCUGGCUCUGCUGCUCCUCUUCCUCCUCCUCCUCCUCGGGGGGCUCCGCUCGUUGUUCCGCGGGGGCUCCGCGGGGCUCCGCCGCUGCCGGGAGCUGUUGGGCGAGCGGCUGCGGCGGCGCCGGGGCCGCUCCGGUGUCACCGAGGAGGAGGUGACGCGUUUGGUGGCCAUGGCCGGGGUGACCGAGGAGGAGCUGGACCCGUUCCGGGUGCUCGGUGUGGAAGCCACGGCCAGCGACAGCGAGCUGCGCCGGGCUUACCGGAGACUGGCGGUGCUGGUGCACCCCGAUAAGAGCCGAGACCCCCGAGCCGAGGCGGCGUUCAAGGUGCUGAGGGCGGGAUGGGAGAGGGUGAGCAGCCCCGAGAGGCGGCGCGAGUACGAGACGCGGUUCCAGCUGCCCCGGGAGCCGCGCUGUGCCCGGCGCUGUGCCGCGUGCGGGGGGUGGCACCCGGCCGAGGACGGGGACCUGUGGGCAGAGUCCAGCCUGCUCGGCCUCAAGGUCACCUACCUGGCCUGCAUGGACGGCCACGUCUACGAUGUCACCGAGUGGGCCGGCUGCCAGCGCGUGCCCAUCUCCCCGGACAGUCACCGUGUCCCCUAUCACCUGUCCUUCGGCACCAGGACAGCCGCGCCCGCCGGGCGCCAGCGGGCCCCCCCUAAGGGCAGCCCCCCCUCUCCCACCGACCUCCAGGAUUUCCUGGCUCGCGUUUUCCAAGGAAAUCCGGGCUGGGGGGAAACCGGGGGGGCUUUUCCCACCCCCCCCGGGGCCGCGGGACCCCCCCAGCCCCAGGGGGGUCCCCCCAGGGGGGACACCAAGCACAAGAGGAGGAAGAAGGGGCGGCGGCCUCUGCCUCGCUGAGGAGACC